GGUUAGCCUCGUAUUAUCGACGUUUUGUACUUAACUUCUCUUUCCUUGCAGCUCCUCUAUUCGAUAUUCUUAAGAAGAAAGACUUCAAUUGGACAGCAUCAGCUACGGAAGCCUUCGAAAGACUUAAAAACUGUUUAUGUAGCCCCCCUAUCCUAGCGUAUCCCAAUGUUUCUGACCAGGCAGGUCCAUUCAUCCUAGAUACAGAUGCUAGCGACUCCGGUAUCGGGGCAGUUUUGUCUCAAAAAGACGCAGAUGGAGUAGAAAAGGUGAUAGCCUAUGCAAGUCGAGCACUCAACAAGAGUGAGAAGAAUUACUGCACCACGCGGAAAGAAAUGCUGGCACUGGUCAAUUUUGUUAAACACUUUAGGGCAUAUCUCCUCGGUAGACAUUUCAUUGUACGCACUGAUCACAAAGCCCUUAGCUGGCUACAUAACUUCAAAGAAGCUGAGGGUCAGAUUGCCAGAUGGCAAGAACACCUACAAGAGUAUGACUUCGAAUGCAUGCAUAGACCGGGUAAGAAUCAUGGAAAUGCAGAUGCAUUGUCAAGAAAACCUCUUAGGUAUCACGGUGACUGCCCAUCAUGCACCGAAGCACAAGUUUCGCUGCUCCAACUAGAGGCUCAUACUUCAUAUAGUUGGCCUGAACUUCAGUCUUCAGACCCUGAACUGGCCUUGAUUUACGAACGUGUUCGAAAUGGAGGUGAACGACCGACAACCCAGGAAAUAAGUAAGCUUGGAUGGGAAACCCGGUGUUUAUGGUCUCUGUGGGAUAAUCUGAAAAUUGUCGAUAACAUCCUCUACUACCAACAUGGACCCACUUAUACUCGUCGCGUUGUGGCUCCACAGUCGGCACUACCCACAGUACUAUUGUCAUUACACCAGCAGUUAGGCCACGCGGGCUCAGGGAAAAUGAUUGAAGCGGCUAAAAGACGUUAUUGGUGGCCUCACCAGAGGAAAGACAUCAUAGAUUUCUGUGACUCCUGCGAGGUAUGCCAAACUAUUAAGGCUCCGCACAAAUAUAAUAAGGCACCCUUAGAACCCAUUAUAACUGGCCAUCCGAAUGACUUAGUACAAAUAGACUUGGUUGGACCUCUCCCAGUAACUUCCAGAAAUAAUAACUAUAUUUUAGUCAUGGUAGACCAUUUUACCAAAUGGUGCGAGGCUAUUGCGAUCCCACAGAUUGAUGCUGUAACCAUCGCAGAGUCAAUUUUUGACCACUGGGUCAGCCGUUGGGGGGCACCACUUCAACUACACUCAGAUCGAGGAUCCAACUUUGAAAGUAUCGUUGUCAGCGAACUCUGUCGUAUUAUGGGUAUCCGGAAGACACGCACUACCGCGUACCACCCACAGGGAAAUGGCUUAGUUGAACGCACCAAUCGGACACUUAAAUCUCUCUUGCAGGCAUUUGUAGAUCAAAACAACCCCAGGGAAUGGGACAGAUCACUCUCACAGUGCUUAAUGGCAUACAGAGCAAGCAUUCACAAAGCUACGCGUCAAACGCCUCAUUAUAUGGUCACUGGAAGAGAACUCCGGUUGCCAAUCGAUCUGACUUCAAACACACUAGGAGAAGAUACACUGAUUGCAUCCGAACACGUAAUCAGACUUCGACGAAACCUGAACAAGGUACACCAGAUGACUAGAGAUAUACUGCAAACAAACCAGAGGUACCAGAAAGAAUACUAUGAUAGGAAAGCACAUGGAUCACCAGUGGAGCCAGGAGACAAGGUGAUGUUACUUAAGGAGGCACCACCUAAAGGGAAAGCCCUUAAAUUCCAUAAACGCUGGGAAGGACCAUUCACUGUAGUAGAGGUAUUAAGUGACUGCACCUGUAGGAUUCAGGAACCAAAUAACUCUCAUAGUCUAGUCACACACUUCAAUAGACUAAAACCUUUUCGACAACAGGCCUUAGUUCAGACAAGUCCCGCUGGAACAGUCACCUAGCACUGCGGACAGUGCUCCUAUGGGGAGAGGGGGUAGUGUAAGACAUGGUAAGUUCGGCGGUUUUCUGAUGUUCAAACUAUG